UUGAACGCCAUUUCUCAACGUCCGUUCGUCUCUUACAGUUCAUUAAUCUUCGAUAUUUAGUUUCAACGGGAAGAGGUUAGCGAUCAAUUGUCCGACUUUCGGCUUGCUGUUGGUUGCACGCACAUUCAUGCAACUCUGUGCCUCGCGCGCAUCCUUCAGCCUUGUACGCCAUCCCAUCGCCCGCCAGACGGAGGAACGAAUAAAUAAACGAACGAACGAACGUACAACGAACCGAUCACAAGAACAAGCGAAUAACCAAGCCCGUCUUUAUACGUGGGGUUAUUUCGAGUGUACUGGUGAUUCUUGGCCGCAUCCACUUGAUCAGGAAUCGAGCUCCCUUUUACCAACAGCAUCAAUAAGCUUCAUUCGUCUGCCACCAGCUUCAAUUGCUGCAGCAAAACUCUAGCCGCAAAGGCUUGAUUUCCUCACAAUGUCUGGGCGACCGACAACACCGGCCUCGCCUAAGAACAUCAAGGUGAAGUCUCCGGUCCCCGGAUCACCAAUGUUCGGCUGUGGUAUGUCCACCCAAAGCUCUGUC